CACCUCCGUACUAGACUGCUACCCUCCAGUGCAGCCGCAGCCGCAGCACACACGCAGCACACGCAUCCGCCGCUGCGCCCGCACCCCGCGUGUGCCUCUCUGCGCCGCAGCUCUCUCGUCUCUGCAGCCUGCACAGCCGCGUCGCUAAUUGCUCAUCGGGGCAUCACUUUGCCUGCGCGCCGCUGCCAGUCUCGUCACCCGCUGCCUAGCUCGUCCGCAGCAGCUCGGCCGUCGUCGUCGCCGCCGUCGUCUGGCCUCGCUCGCGGCUUCCGCGCGCCUCGCACCUCAAUGUCCAACCACAACCCGCGCGCACACGCCAACGCCGCCGCGCCGCCGCACGCCGCCGCCGACAUGAACUCGCAGGCGCGCUACCAGAGCGUGCCCAACCCCAACGGCGGCUACGACGCCGGCCGCAGCAGCGCCGUCGCGCACGCCGGCUCGCAGCCCGCCGGGCGCCGCUCCACGGGCGACGUCUCGGGCAGCGGCAGCGGCGGCAGCGGCAGCGCCGAGAGCGCCAGCGGCCGCUCGUCGACGGCACCCAUGCUGCGCGGCGCGCCGCCGACGGGCGCCGCCUACGCCGACUUCCGCGACGGCGCCGACAUCGACUCGCGCUACGCCCACAUCCGCAAGGGCAGCAUGGGCCGCAUGGGCGCGCGCGGCGGCCAGGGCGGCGCCAUGUACGCCGGCGGCGCCGGCUCCGGCGCCACGCUCGGCUCCGAGCUGCACAGCGGCGGCAGCAGCAGCGCGCCGCGCGGCAACCGCGCCAGCGCAUACAGCGCCAUCUCGGCCGUCUCGAGCGGCCCGACGGACAGCAACAAGUACUACGAGCCGGCCGCGCAGGAGGGUCUGCUGUGGGACGGCAAGGGCGAGGCGGAGCCCGACGACUACCUGCACAACCCGGACUCCAAGCGGCGAGACACCUUCACCGUCUGCUCGGGCCGUGGCAUCCUCAACGUGCUGGCGCUCUUCGUGAUCGUGGCCGGCCUGCUUGCGCUCUUUGCCGGCUACCCGAUCAUUUCGCACUACGCCAAGCGUCCGGAGAGCACGCUGGGCGGCUUCAACAUCGGCGGCACGAACGGCACGGGCCAGGUGCCCGUCGUGCUCUCGCAGCUGCGUCUGCGCGACAACGACACGCCUGCCAGUGCCAACACGUGGCGCAGCGCCACCGGCGAGACGUACAACCUCGUCUUCUCCGACGAGUUCAACCAGCCCGGCCGCACCUUCUGGCCCGGAGAUGACCCGUUCUGGGAGGCCAUGGACAUCUGGUACGGCGCCACGGGCGACUACGAGUGGCUCUCGCCCGAGCAGGUCAACACCACCGACGGCCACCUGCUCAUCACGAUGGAGAACCGCCCGACGCACAACCUCAACUUCCGCUCCGGCCAGCUGCAGUCGUGGAACAAGUUCUGCUUCCAGGGCGGCUACAUUGAGUUCGCUGCGAUCCUGCCCGGCUCUGGUGCUGCGCAGGGCUGGUGGCCCGGUCUUUGGACCAUGGGCAACCUCGGACGCCCGGGCUACCUCGGCACCACGGACGGCAUGUGGCCGUACAGCUACACGGGCUGCGACAACGGCAUUCUGCCGAACCAGUCGUCGCCCACGAGAGGCCCGACGAGCGUGCGCACGGCCACCAAGUACGGCCGCACGGGCCUCAACUGGCUGAGCGGCAUGCGCUCCUCCUCGUGCACGUGCUCCGGCGAGGACCACCCUGGCCCGAACAACAACGUCGGACGCGCUGCUCCUGAGAUCGACGUGCUCGAGGCUCAGACGGUGAACGGCGAGGGCGAGGCCUCGCAGUCGCUGCAGGUCGCGCCGUUCGACAUGGACUACGAGUGGGACCAGACGACGCCGACGAUCUACAAUCGCCGGAACACGCAGUUCAACUCCUACACUGGCGGUGUGUACCAGGAGGCUGUCUCGGCAGUCAGCAUCAUUCCGCCGGACGCCUACGAGCUGAACGCGGCGCCGCGCUUCGUCACCUUCGGCUUCGAGUACCACCCCGACUGGAACGGAGACGGCAGCGGCGACAUUACGUGGUACAUCGACGGCCAGCGCACCUGGACCAUGCGCUCCGACUCGAUUCCCGCGCGCCCCGACAUUGGCAUCUCGCAGCGCAUCAUCCCCACGGAGCCCAUGAGCAUCAUCAUGAACCUGCACAUCUCCGAGGGCUUCCAGCACAUCGAGUUCGACACGCUGCAGUUCCCGGCGACGCUCAAGGUCGACUACGUGCGCGUGUACCAGCUGCCCGGCCAGGAGCGCGUCGGCUGCGACCCGGACGACCACCCGACGAAGGACUACAUCGAGCGCCACCACGACGUUUACUACAACCCGAACCUCACCGUCUGGCCCAAGGAGUUCCCGCGCAACCGCAUGACGGGCUGCUAGAGCCGCUGCGUCUCUCCUUGCCUCCACAUCCGAUACGCCAGUCUCCCCUGCUCCGUCGCAACGCGUUUCCUUACGGACAGUCAAGUGCCUUCUCUCUCUCUGUCUCUUCCGAUGCGCCUUUGCUCCUCCACUCCUCCAUUCACGCUUCUGACGCCGAUGUACAAUCUACUCGUCUCUGCUACCCUCCCACGAAAUGCUCCUCGUUCUGCCCUCGCUGUCUCUGCUUUUGACGCGUGCAUUCCAU